UUUCUCUUUGCUUCGACUCAAUCCCAGUCAAAAGAUAGGACAGGCAUCACUACGCGAACUGUGUAUACAUAAAUUUUUACCCGCACUAAUUUUAAUAAAAAAAAUAAAUAUAUGUAAUGUAGAUAUGUUUAUAUAAAUAUACAUGCGCAUAUACAUAUUAUAAAUAUAACAUUUCUAAGUUUCUUCGUUAGCGCGUUUAUGUGUGUGUGUGUGUGUAUUUGUAAUAUACUCCGUGACCACCGGAAACACGGACGACCACUACGAUAGUUAUCGUCGUUCAGUAAAUUUCUCGUUACGGCGAAUUCGUUAUUAAGAGCGCAAGCAUUUGAUGCCGUCACCGACAUACAUCUAUUAGCCAUCACUACAGGCCGUGUUAAAAAGUGAUAAUUUGUUUACUCUCAGAUGAACCGUGAAUUAUGUGUUGUAUCGAACUGCCGUCAUCUACGAAAAUCUCUCGUCUUCGUCGCCUUCGUAGUGUAUUUCAUUGUAGUACCUAAUUACUAAAUAGCGUACUUAAUUUAUGCAAUUAUUAUUGUAACUAAUAUUUACACUUUAAUUUUUUUUGUCAUUUUUAAUGUGAUAACGUAACAUUCGAAUUGGGAUCACCAAGAACGAAUGAUCUGUGACAAUAAAAUGACCGGUUUAUUUCCCGCCGCUUUAUUUAUAUUUAAAACAGUUUCCUAUAAUAUUAAGUCGAUGUCCGUGAGAAUGACUUACAAUAUACUUUAAAAAAUAUAUAGCCUGCUGAUUUUCCCCCAUCACUAUCACAGUAACAACAGUAAUGGCAUCGUUGCCUCAACCCAAAUUCGAACCAAAAGCGCCCGAUAAAAGCUCGUCGGUUUCACGCGGUGGUUGCGACGAUUCGACUAUCAUCAAUGAAAGAGAUGCGGUCAUCGUCGACAAGAAAUACCAGAAUUGCGCUGCCGAUUGUUCAAAUAAUAACAAGUCAAAAUCAUUAUCAGUGGACUUAUCAAAUUUGAAUACAGCUAGUUUUAAGUCUUUGCUGGAAGAAGUAGUUGCUUAUGAUACUGCAAAACAAACCAAAAGUGAACUUUACAAUAAUUUGUUAGAAGAUGUAACACAAAAUGGAGAGGAUGAUGUCAAAAGACCUCUCUUAAAUCAACGUUUGGUGGAUAGUCAGACUGAUUUGUCUACUUUAAUAUCAAAAGAACAACACAUUAAAAAGGAGACUUCAUCACUUGAAGCUUUUGAUCUAGCUCCAGAUUUUAAGAAGCGUCUUUCAACUACUAAAGUAAGCGCUCGACAACUUGAAGGUGGUUCUCUUCCAAGUCAUGUUAAUCAUGCACAAGCAUUAUCUCUUUUAAUCAAUAAAAAAAGUAAUCAAAAUACAAGGAAGAAGAUAGCAGAAUCAUCAAAAAUGGCCAAAAAUGUAGAUAAAACAAUUGAUCUGGGUGAUCCUGGUUAUGAACAAAUUGAAAAUAAAGAUUUGUCAAACUAUACUAGUCAUGCAAGCUUAGAAAUUUCUUCAGCAAAAGAAGAAGUUAACAUUGAUGAACGUUUUACCACUCCUUUACUAUCCAAGUCUAGUCAAAACUUUGAUGAUCAAGAUUCUUAUAUAGAAACCGAUUCAUCAGCAUAUUCUAAAAAUGGAGUAACUAAAGUAUUACCACGGACAUCAGGUGAGGGCGAUCAAGAUGUGAAACACUGUAUACAUCAACCAACAAUCAUACCAGAAUUUAAUAAAGACUCGCAAAUGAUAGAUCACCGUUUAUUACAUCUAUUUGCUGGUCAAAAUAAUUGUUAUCAAAAUCCGUAUAAUGGUUAUACGUCUCCAAUGAGUUUUCAUUUUUUAACACCAAAUGAUAAUUUAGGAAUACAGACAACAAUUAAUAAUAACAGGAGGAAUAAUUAUGACGAUACUAACAGUAAUGUUCAUAAGCGCAAUAAACAGAAAAAAGAAUUAAAAAAGAAAGAUGAAGUUGUAUUUUCUGAAAAUAUACAAGGCUAUAGGGGUGAUAAAAAUAUUGAUGAAAUUUUAAAAUUCAUAGGAGAUUUAAGUAAUGAUAGUAAAAAAAAUAAAACUACUAAAAUUAAAAACAAAAAUCGAAAUGGAAAAGGUUCAGACGACGAUAGUGGAAGACCUAAGAAUAGGAAAGGAAUGAAAAUAAAGUAUAAUAGUGUAGAAGAAGUCUCCUCUUCAAUUUUUCAACCCAUGGAUAGUUCAGAUGAUGAAUCAAAAUCAAUUAAAAGUUGUAAAAAAUCAAAAAAGAAAGAGCCCAAAAAAAAUCAAACUUCAAAAAAGUUUGCAUCAACAGAUCAAAGGCUUGAUGUUUUGUCAUCUGAAUCUCAAGAUACCGAUUCUGCAGAUUUUCUGUUAGUUACUAAUAAACAAAGAAGAAAAAAACAGAAUUCUCAAAAUAAGCUGAAUGCAUCAUCUAAUAACUUUCCUCCUCAUGACUCAUAUCUAUUAUCACAGUAUAUUCAACCUAAAAAUGUUAAUAGUAAAAAAAGAAGAAAAUCUACUUCCUCUAUGCCACAUUCAGAAAAAUCUGAUGAUAAUUCCGAUCUCGAUUCUGUUCAUUCUUUGCCAGCUUCAUCCACACCUUCCAAGCAACAAUCCUUCAAAGGUAGUCCAAAAACUGAUAUAACCAAACCAGCUUGUGUAGUUACCACCUCUGAAGAGUCCAUACCAACAGUUACCGUUACAUUACCACAACGAAUUGUUGAGGUUACAACUAAUAUUGUAAAUAAUGCUAAUGAAUACAUAAAUGGAGAUGUACAUGUUACAUAUAUUGUACAUGAAUCCAGUGAAACGGCUACUGAGACCGUUAAAAAGACUGCUGUUUUAAACAAAGUUCCUGCAGUAAUAUCCCCCCAAAGUGCUUCACUGACUGUACGUUUACCUUCAAAGAAAAAACAAAGUCCUAUAAUGUAUAAUAAGUACGAAGUAGAUACUAGCCUGUCUUUUGGAUUCGAAAUAGACCAAAAUUUAUUGUGUGAUGGUAAUAAAGAAUUUAAAAAGCCAGAAAAGAUACCUAUUGAAUACAACUAUAACGAAGUGAUAUUGUUUAUUAAACAAGCUUGGCAAGAUGUCGAAAAAGAAAAAAUCAAUGGUAGAUCAAAUAUAUUAGAAUACACAUGUGAUACUAGUGAUGUCCGCGGGGAUGACUAAAAGGUCUGCCAAAUUUUAUUUUGAAUAAAUGUAAUUUGUGUUUUACUACUAAUAUUAUCAUAAUAUAAUGAAAUAUAGAAUUUUUUCAUUCCUUCGAAAAAAAUUCUAACGAAACUGUUAAUACUCAAUGAGAAAUUUUUAUAUUAUAGUAAUUAUAAAUGUAUGUAAUUUGUAUAUAUUAAAAACAGUGUUAAAAUUACUUUUCCUUCUUUCUAAAAAAAAAUACACAUUUAUAAUAAUUUAAAUUUAGUGACUAUGUCACACAUUUUCUUGGCAAAUAUUUUGUAUAUGAUUGUUAUUUUUUUUUCUUUAAAAAAACAUCAUUACAAUUUUUUUUUUUUUUUUUUUAAGUUUGUACGUUCAAGUUUGUUUUGCUUAUUUAAAAAUCAUAUUAUAUUAUUUUUUAGGGGCAACUAAAUUUAAAAAAAAUGGUCGCAAACAUUUAUAUAUAUAUAUGUAUAUAUAUAUAUACAUGUGAGUUAUUAUAUUUUGUUGGUGGUUAACAAGUUAAUAUUAAUAGUUUUUGCCAUGUACUUACAAUAAUAAUUUAUUUGUUUCAUACUCAAAAUUUGUUGUACUCGAUUUUGGGUGAUAUUAGUUUAUUUUUAAAAAAUUAUUUUCUUUGUGUAUUACGAGUACAACGUGUACCUUAUGAAAUAUAGUUUUAUAAAUCAUGUGUUAGGUUUUUGUUCAAUUAAAUUUAUUAUAUGUAAUUUGUCUAUAAUAAACCGAUUUGAUAACAGUUA